AUCUGUGGAAAUGUUCCGAUCAAUCUAGAAUUUCGAGAACUCUCAUUUCUGACAUAUAAAACGUAUUUGAGAGGCUGUCAUGUCAACCGGUAGGAAUAAUUUCAACCAUUGAUAACCUUUGUAUUCCAUCUUCAGGUACUGACAUAUUUGAAAAGAAAAAUUUCCAGUAGAAAAAUAUUUUCUUUAUCAAAUUAGAACUGGCUUCUCCAGAGAGUAAUUACAGCAGAAUGGAUGUCGACCCUUUGCCAGGAAUGUCAGGAGGUUUGACUACCUCCUUAGUGUUACAAACUUUACCAAAAAUAGAUGAAGAUAAUGUUUUAUCUUCAAAAACCCCAAAAGAGAAACUUCUCGAAACACUAGAUCUACUAGAGACUCAUGUGGAAAAACUAAGAAAAAAUGCAAGUCAACUUGAAGAAGACAAGGAUGCUUUAUUAUCAACUUUAGAUUCCGUUAUGAAUGCAGAUAUGAUGUAUAAUCUUGAAGAAAAUGACAAAGAUGACAUAAUCAGAUACGCUGAACGUGUAAUGAAUAGAUGCCUUACUGUAGAAGUGAAAGUGCUCACACAAAGGGAUAAGAUGCAAGAAGAAGCAUUAUUCCAAGUAAAUCACUUGAUUGAUGGUCUUGUAAUCGCCCUCAAAACUGAUGCUGAGUCAGCUAGAACUAAAUGUGAAAGUUAUAUGAAUGCUUGUUCAUCAAAUAUGGUACAGGGUAUAACGGACAAAAUUUUUGAAUCAGCCUUAUUGGGAUGUACUGUCGAUGAUCAGAAAAAAGUUAAAAGACGACUGUACGGCCUUCUCACAUACUUUGAAAAAAUGAAAGUUGUUUCUUAUAAUGAAGUGAAUUGAUUGAAAUGAAGAUCGUAUAUUUUCAAUUUAAAAGACUGCUUAUACAUGUUAGUUCACAAUACAUGAAUGUAGGAUUUCUCGAAGUAUUGAUUGUAAUAAUUUUUGAUGUAAAUUUUUUUGUUAAUUUAGUUUUAUUGAGAAAAUCUAAGGAGUUUAUUUUUCGAAAAUCAGAUUAAUUUGUCGUCGUUUUUUUUUCAAGUAUAAUUUCGAGAUAUCUACUGUUAAAAAUAUAACAUGUAGUGUAAAAGUUUUGGCAAAGAAAUAUUGCAUUCCAAUUAAAUAUUCAAAUUAAAACUAAUUACAGAGAGGUCAGAGUGUGAAAAACUCAAUUGUUACUAUUUCGAUUUAUAGUAUCGAUGGUUAAAUUGCGAAGCUCGAAGUCGAUUUGUUGAAAUUUUAUGGGGGGAAGAGAAAUUGAUUACAUUAUCAAUUUAGUUACUUGAAAAACAAUGAAAGCUGCAAUAUGGCCGUAAGGAUUUAAGUUUUUGGAGGAAACCUCAUCACUUUGUUAUUAACCCUUAAAUUCCCAUUCUAUCUAAAUCAACAUAACGUCACUUGAGAUCAGAACUAGCCAAUGUCACAUUUCUAAAAUUUUACAGGAGAGAUUUUUUUGUGUAUAAACGAAAAACCUUUUGAAGUAUAUCACUCUAAUUUUUAUCCAAUCGUCAUUGGGGGGGCUAAAAUAAAAUAGUAUAUAACACACUUUACCUAUUAUAUAGUUUUUAAAAACUAAUGGACAUAGGCUACCUAACGCAAGUUGGAUACAUAUUCUAUGUCCAUCACUGGAUAUAAGAUACUGGGGAUUUGGUCUGGAUUUGGAAAUACAUUGGACUAUGCAAAAUUUUUAAACUUUGCAUAGUCCAGUUACGUUUGAGCACACUAUAUCAUUCAAAUAUGUGGAAACGCCUAAGACUAUAAAAGAAAAACAAAACGUAAUUGCAAAGAACAUUUUAAUCACUAAUUAAUAACACCAUUGUAUAAUACAAACAAUUUUUUAAAAAAUAGGUAUACACAAGGUGCUGAAUUAGUUUUUUAAUAGUAGUAAUAAAUACAAAGAAAAAUUCCGAAAGAACUCAUGAUAUGACUUACCAAUAACACCCUUUUCACAAAGGAAUAUCAAAUGAUCGUAUUUUUUUUUUGGUAAGUGGGAUAGGUUUGUUAUACAAUGUCUUUAAUUUGUAUUCAUGGGUAACGCUUUUUAUUUUUUUCCUACCCUUCUCUAGCAGAUUUAAAAUUAUAAAUGACUCUUGUUUAUAACUGUAUUUCAAUAAGAUACAAUCAGGAUGAUCCGGAGAAGUCUUCAUUAUUUUUAUUUUGUUCCAGUUGAUUUUUUCAUUCGCUGUGUCUUUUUCACUAUUUAUGAUGGUUUUCAACGGUAGGUCCUUUAAAUCAAAAAUUGAAUCCUGAGAUACUUCGUGAACGGUAUAAUGUUUUUUCUUUUAGCAGUUCUUACCAGUGUGUACCACUGGUCAGGUGUUGCUAUCGGAAUAUUUCUAGCUGCCUUUUCUAUUACGCUAUGGACGCAAUCUCCUUCUGAUUGCGUAUGACAUCGUUCAAAGUAUGUAUGAUUUAUAACAAUGUUAUACUUUUGUGAGACAUAGUUGUACAGGGAAAAUAAAGUUUUGUUUCUAUUCUGCCCUGCACAAUUAUCAGAGUAGAAACAAAAUUCUUUAAUGCCUUUAGCAAUAUGCUCUUUUAUAAACAUAAGAAUUCAGCUUCCUAUUUCAGAGGAGCCCCUUUUCGCGACACAUUCGUACCACAUAAAGCAGUUACAGUCCUUGGAAGCUAAGUCGAACACAGUGAAAUUGAAUGUAGAUAGCUUAAGCUUGUAAUAAGCUAGCCCUACCUCUGAUUUUGGAACGGGUAAUAUCUGUUGCAAAUCAAAGACAGCCGCACACAUUUGAAUAUUAACUAGGGCCUUCUCUUUGUCAGAAUUUUUUAGAUCCCUGGCAAUAUUUUUGUUUUGAAUGUGAAUUUGGUGCUCAUGUUCUAAAUCUAUCUUUUCAUCUGGUGUAGAGUUUUCGUAUUUGUGACAAAUAUCGCAUAAAUAUUUUUUUGGUUGAUGAAAUGACAGGUUAAAAUCGUUCUUAAAAAUGUCCCUGUACAUGUUUUCAGUAGCAGGUCGAGAAAUGUUGUUUUCCUCACAAUAAUCAAUGUAAAGGGUAUACAUUUUUGCUAUAUUUAAUGUUCCUGGCAAAUGUAAACGAGGAGAGUUCUUACGGCAGUAAUGGCUUUCAAUAGUCUCGAAUGAAUUGAUAUGGUCUUUGACGCUUUGUCUUACAGUUUCAUCUAAUAGAUUGUUUUUUGAUGCUCUUCCUCUCCUAUCUUCUUUUACCACCCCAGCGCUUCCUAGCUUAUUAAAAACUGUUUUCACCACUUGAGCACUUAUAUUUAAUGUGUUGAUAAAAAAUGUCUUGCAAACUUGGAUCUUGGUUUGCUCAAUAGGCAAACAAUAUGUGUAAGUAAAUGAUCGCCUACUUAUAGUUUCAGCAGAUUCUUCAUUAAUUGGUCUUCUGCAUUGUCUCAUUUUGUUUUUGUACUUAACAUACUUUGCUAUAAAAUCCCUUUGUCUGUUGACGUUUGCUAAAGCCCAGAAUUCUUCAAAUACGAGAAUCCUCUGUUUUUCUGAAAUUUUUGUUGUACAUUUCAUUCGACAAUUUUCACACGGUGUUUUUAUGCUUCGCCGGGAUUGUGUAUUUCUUUUCCAAUUUGUAUAGGACAUUCCAGAAUUUCGGCUUUUUUUUAUUACGUUUCUUUUCCAGUUUUCUGUAUUGCGCUUUCUGUUUCUUGAUGUUUUUGUUUGCUCAUCUUGAUUUUUUAGAUCAAUAUAAUUAUUUUCUUCGUUUUCUGAAGAGGUUUGCUGAUAAUCAGGAUCAUGUGAAUCGUUGUCAGUCUCGUAGGGAUCACAUUCUGAAGAUGAUAACUGUAAAUCUAUCUCAACUUGCGUUUUUUGUUGGAGUCCACUCGUGGAUGGCAAUACUUCGUCACAUUCGUCUUUUUGUUUUCCAGAACCCUCUAUUAGAUUUUCGUUAACAUCAGAAGUAAGAAAAUGGAUAUCAUUAUUUACCACCUGUUGCAAGGAACACUGCAUUUCAUCCUCGCCCAUCUCAGAUUUUGGAUGAUCGGGUGCAGCUGAGUCAGGAAGAGCCUAUGUCCGUUUAAACUGUUGCACUCUAAUAUCUCAUGUUUAUUAGAACUAUUUUAUGUCCACCGUUCGAAGACACAUAGACUAUCUGUGGCACUUAGGCUUCUUCUGCACCAAAUAUUAUAUCGUUGUGUGACAUAGACUUCUAACCAAUAUUAGAUUUGUGCGCCGAUCGAGCGCUCUGCAGUUAGACUACUUCUGCACUGAACGCUGGAGUAUGAGUUCAGUAUGGUGGCGCCAGAAGCUAAUUUCGAGAAAUUUUGGUCACAGACUAGUUCUGAUCUCAAGUGACGAUAAACACCCAUGCGGGGUCCUUCAGAGACCCCAGCUAAAAAUAUUAUUUUAAAUUAGUUUAAUUCAAUUUUUAGAUCAAAUAGCUUUAGGGAGAAACAAAUUAUACAUUAGACAUUCAAUGAAACUUCUUUGAAUAUUCUGGAGAAGAAAAUAAAAAAUAUAUUUAAAAUAUAACAAACAAAUAUUAGGAAAAAGAAAUAAAAAGUUACCAAAAAUCAAAAAUAAUUCAUUAUGCUCAUUAAAAAUUAAAAAAGAAUUUAAGCCGAUGCGCAUUUAGUACAUACAAUAUUUGGUUUGCUUAUUCUAUGAUUUUGACAUAUAAAUUGUUUGCAAUUAUCGCAUCUAGUGUUCACUUUAUUGUCACAUCUUCUGGGACACUGGAAACAUCUUGCCCUUUUUCUGUUUUGGUUCGCUGGUUUUCCAGCAGCUUUUGUGGCACUGUAUUCUGCUAUCCCACAGUCUCGUAGUGCUGCCUUUGUGUGCUACUUAUGGUUCCUAUAUUGUGCUCUUUUUUCCAUAUUAGAUCCAGCCAAGUCAUCACUUAAUUGCAGUAAGAAAAGACGUCGCCGGGCAUAGUUCUUUUUCUUCCAAAUGGGAUUUUACUCCAUAUAAAUGACAUAAACAUUCAAUGUACACAUGUCUAUAAUAGAAAAAUAACCAAUACGGCCAUCGAGCUGUCCUCCUACUACAUGAAUAUUCCCUUACAAGUUUAUCAGCAUUAUCAAUCCCUCCUUUGGUUUGGUUAUAAUCCAAUAUCAUGAUUGGCCUAGACGUGUAAUUUAUGGUUGCGAGAGUAUCGGGUUUCUUUUUACGAAUAGUUCCAAAUGAGAUUAGAUUUUUGGAUACUAAAUAGUUAGCUAAAGGGACGCUUGUGAAGAAAUUGUCAGUAGUUCUUCCUCUCCCAGUAUCUUGAUAUGGUUGUACUAAGUCAGAUACCACUCUAUAGCCUUGGUUUUUCUCUGAUAAAUUUCCAGGAAGUUUUCCAGUGAAGACCUGAAGAUUGCAAAGAUAAGUUUGUACGUCAGCAGCUGCCCAUAUUUUGAUGCCGUAUCGACCUGGCUUUGAUUUAAUGUAUUGCUUAAAAGGGUACUUUCCACGAAUACUAACCAACUGCUCGUCAAUAGUAAUAUGGUCAUAUGGCUCAAAACUUUUUCUACAAUUGGUAACAAAAAGAUUCCAUACUUCUCUUAUCGCAGCUAAUUUGUCAUUCUCCUUUCUUUCUGCUCUAGUAGAUUUGUUAGAUUUGUUAGUAGAAAAAAGUUGAGAUUUCCUCAAAUCUAUUUCUUGAUAACGAAGCAGUGAAAAAUGCUCUACGAAUGGAUGUAUUCGUGGUCCACAUUUCCUUAGUGGAUUCUUUCCUACAUCGUCUGCUUUUAUUAGAAUCCCCAAAAAACAUUCUAGCUCGUCCCGUUACGUCAGAAUAAAGAUUUAUAGUAGGAUUUUUGGAAUUGGUAAUCAGGUAAUCAGAAAAAUACACAUAGACCAAACAUAAUACAUUAACAUUGCUAUAAAGGAAUAAAAAUGUUUAGCCAUGUGAAAGAUUUUCAUAAAAUGUCCUGAAACCUUCAGGUACAAUUUUGUUCAAUUCUUUUAAAUGAUUCUACUUUCCGGUUUUAUUUUUAGUCGCCCGGAAUAUAGAUUAGAAAUAAUCGAGUUUUCUUUUCGUUUUUUUACUCGCCUGGGUAGCUCCUCCCAGUUGUCCCCAUAAUUUAUUUUAUAGUUAAUAGUACCAUCUAAAUUGUAGGCUAGACGUCGAAUAUCUGUAACUAUAGGAUCUUUGGUUGUAUUACCAGGACGAAUUGAAGAAUAAAUAGUUUGUAAAACUGAAUAUUUUUGUAAAAAAUAUAAUGAACCCUGUAUGUUUUGCCGUUUUGCAAAUCUGAACGUAGCAACCAGGCACAUAAACCUCUACAUUUUUCAGUUUCCUCUCAAUACAAGCAUGAAUUGAGUCACACUCCAUUUGAGUGUGACCCUUUUCAAAGAAAUAUUGAUAGAUUUCAAUUUUCUUACUCUCAACAAAGUUGGUAUGUAUAUACGUUGGUACCCACAUAUAUAUACCCACGUACCCACGUCCGACACUGAAAAUUAUUAGUUUUAGUAUCUUGAAUUAGAUUUUUAUUAAUAUAAUCCAGAAUGAUUGAGGUAAACUCAUUGGCAGUCACUCCACCAGCACCUUCAUGCCAGAUGUAACAGUCUGCUAUACCAUUAACCAUGUAAUAAAACGUAAAAUUCAUUUUAUAAUACGACGCAGAAACUCGCAAUCUUGGUGCCGUCGGACAGCUUUGUACAUCCAUGGUAAAUAUUAAUGUAGAUGAAUUGGUCUUAGCGAGUUCGUUUUGAGUUUCUUUCUCAGCCCGAGCCAAAUUUUUUUUUGUGAUAUGUGUUUGAUAUUCAUCUUCUUUGAUGGUUCCCGUAGAGUAUCGCAUUGAUCUUUCUUGAAAUGAAUAUUUUAAAAUCAAAUAUAAUAAUAUAAUCGCUAAGAUGGUUAAUGUUAUAUUACCUCCGUUUAAAAACAGACAGAUUUUGUUCAUGAAACUCUUGUCUAAAUGUGGUAUGGUUUAAAGUUUGAAAUCUUUGUCGCUCACAUUCACUAGAAUAAAAUAUGUACAGAUCAUUAAUAUUUUGCCAGUGGGAAUCUAAAUAUAAUUUAGCUGUAUCUUUACGACAAUAAUGACUUUCCAUCUUGGGCAGUUCACUCAAAAAUCUGGUCAGAAAUUCUUUGUCUCUAGAAACUGGUCUAAUAUUUCGAUUUUUCUUCUGCGUUGUUGUGUCAAUUGUUGGCAGAUUAUAGCAAUAGUUUUAAGAAACAUUUUGUUGCGAACUAGUCUUCGCAUAUUUUCUUUUUUAUGAUGAAAUACUUGAGAGACAUUUCUUAGCUUACUUUCAAUAUCUGAAAAUACAGGAAAUUUGUUUAAUAAUUCACAGGAAUAGGUUAAACAAAUAGUACCAGUGCGAUGAAAUUUAACAGGAGCAGCAUCGACCAAUACCGAUAUAUAAAUAUUUUUUUCACUCCAAUCUAAGUUUUGCCCAAAAAAUUUCAAAUAUUGGCUUCCUUUCUUUCUCAGAAAAUAAUCGGCAAUAAAACUUGGAUUUUUUGGAAAUAUUGCAAUCACAAGGGGGACCCAUUUUCCUUGAUUCUUUCUCAUUUUUUUUUAUAGUUUUUUGUUUCCUUAUUUAAUUUAAUUGAAGUAUAAUUUUCUCCUUUCAUUCAUUUCAAUUUAUUCUUAUUAAGUUGAAGCUAUUCACGUUUUUUCUUCUAGAUCUUUUACGUUUUGGAGCAACAGUUUGAUUUGUCUUAUUUUGAUCAUUUUCUGAAAUAACAUACUCAGAACCACAGUCACUAGGUUCGUUAUUAGAAUUUUGAAUCUCCAAGUCAGACACUCGUAUUAAUGUCGUAUAGUCCCGUAUUAUUCAAGUCGAGGAUUAAUAAGGAUUCCUCCAAAGGUGAUGUUGGCUGGCACCGUGGAAGUAGGCGUCACGCUUUUACUAAUAUCAGUUAUAUCAUUAUCUUAAUUUCUUUCAGAACAAGGAGUAUUACUGGUUGAUGCUUGUUUCUCAGUGAUAUUGUUCAAAAUAUUCAAAUCAUCACCGAUGAUAAAGCUACUACUGGCUCUUAAAUCUGUCACCAGAAUAUCAUUAUGACCCUGACCUUUGCCGAAAUCAUCUUGGGUUUUACUCUUUUCUAUUCUACAAGACAUUAACAUUAACCCCCAACAUAAUAUUUAGAAAUCACGGUAUUAUUAAGUUAAUAAACGAUUUACCCAGUGAUAUUUUUGUUAAAUAUUAAACUCACAGUAUAUUUACCAUGGUUAUCUGACAUAACUAUUUGAUUUUAUGAAUGUUUAGGGCACAAAAACAAACCUUAAGUUGGCUUACCGCGAAAUGAUUUUUGGCGCGACUGAAGACUUAACCUCACUUUAAUUUUCAUUAAAAAUAUACUUAAAUGUCAAAACCUCCCAAGUCUACUAAAGAGGUUUCUUUUUUAUAUAUUUUUCAUAUCAAUCUUGCUAGCUUUUGAAAGAUGUCACUACAAGUAUUAAAAAUUAUCAUAAUUAUUAUUAUAUUAUAAUUAUUAUUAUUCAUGAACUUACGAGAUUUUGCAGUUUAAGUGAAUAAUUUAUUUAAAAAAAUUUUCACAUCAAAAACCCAUAAAUGAUAAAAAUUGACUUACGUGGUUUUGCAAUUUUACUAUAGGUAUGUUUUGUUAGAGACAACAUCUGCACAAUGAAUGCACUUUGUAACAUGCUCUUACGUUAAAUUAUCUGAUAAUUUCAUAUGGCGAACUUUUUCAACUUUCCCAUUGAUUGAGAAUUCCAUUGCACUUAAAUAUGCUUAGCAAUUCUCUAAGAUUUUCUGGAUACUGUUAAAUUAUUCCAUAUUUUAUUUUUUGAACAAUACCUUAAUAAAAAUGUUUCAUUUGAUCGCA